AUGUCUAUCUCCAGUCCGGUUUCCUCCGCCCUUGAGAGCUUCACAAGCUUGGCCAGCAACAUGAGCUCUGCUUCAACCGCACCAUUGGCUUCUACCACAGCAGUGUUCGCAGAGCAAGCGAAUCCCGACAGAAGUUGGCUCGUGUCAUUGGGCAGAAUGGUUUUCUACCUGAUCACCAUCAUUCCAGGAAUUCUGUAUUGGGUGAUUACUUUUACUACUAUCACCAUUCCUACGUUGCUGUUUACUCUCUUCUCAACGAGUUUAACGGUUACAAUGAAUGCAACUACUCUAAUGCUCAUCAUGAUCGCCUUCGUUUCGACAGCCAGUUGGUUCGUACGGUACAGAUUCCUCAAUAUGUACGCUCGACUGCCGCCAGAGCCGCAGAGAAAGGAACCUCAAAUAGACCUAUAUCCGGAUACUCAGGAGGAUGGCUCAAAGUCUGGAUUUUCAAACUACCUGGACGAGUUCCUUAGCGCAAUAAAGGUGUUUGGGUAUUUAGAGAGGCCUGUAUUCCACGAGCUUACUCGGAGCAUGCAAACCAGGAAGCUCAUAGCCGGUGAGACUUUGAAUCUGGAAGAAGAAAAAGGAUUCUGCUUGGUUGUGGAUGGAUUGGUGGAGAUCUUUGUGAAGUCUGCUCGAGAAAGUCGCGACACUGAUUCCGAGCCCUCUGGAUUUAAUGAAGACGACUCGUCGGACAGCGAUGAUGACCAAGGAACGGGGAAUGCGCACCAACGAUAUCAAUUACUGACUGAAGUGAGAAAUGGGGCCCCGAUGUCAUCUUUAUUCUCCAUCUUGUCUUUAUUUACAGAGGACGUGAAAUUGAGACAUACCGAAGACGAUGAAUUGGACUCGAGCGUCUCAAGUAGUGGGUACGGGAAUACACGCUUUCCUUCCAGUGCUGGCUUCGAUCAGAGUCAUCAUGAUACCCCUCCAUCUCUUCCAACAAGCCCCAUAUAUGGGGCCCCAUGUCAAAAUGGCGAUGCGAAAAUACGGGGACGACGUUCUUCGACUAUGGCAAGCUCUACAGCUGGUGGUACACUACCCACUAUACCCCCACUAUCUCUUGAUCCCAACGUGGGCUCGCACAAGCAACGACCAAAAACCAGAAGAACACAGACGUCUGCUCAUCCUGAUGUGGUUGCAAGAGCAACAGUUGACACUACUAUUGCCAUUAUACCCGCCAGUGCUUUCCGCCGCCUUACUAGGGUAUAUCCAAAAGCUACAGCGCAUAUAGUUCAAGUCAUCUUAACCAGGCUACAGAGAGUGACGCUUGCAACUGGACACUCAUAUCUUGGAUUGACAAGUGAAGUUUUACGAACCGAAAAACAUAUGAAUAAGUAUACCACCUACGAGUUGCCAAAUUUUCUACGAGGAGAUGCUCUGAAGCGAUUGAAGGAGAAGUUCACACGCGAGAGAGAAAGAAUUGGACCGGAGGAAGGUAGUAAAGGAAUAGCGUUACACAAUCCGGGUGCAGGUCGAAGACGACGGUCUCAUAACAACCUUCGAAAAGAAGCAACUGUGCAAGCUCACUCUUCCAAGGGGGCUUAUUCUGUUUCCGGCACUAGAUUUGAGCCAUCGAGCUCCCGAGAUAUUGGAGUGAGCCCAAGUCCCGGGGAUCUGCUUACCAAUAUACAAAUGUCCCGGUCUGGUGGUCGGAGGAGCAAUUCAGGUCUUGGUAAAGGAGCAUUGGGUAAUGGUAGAACUCCUGAAGUGUGGCAACACGAUGUUCACAGCCCCCUUGCACAGAAAACGUUUAAUCCAUUUACCAAUACCCUGAAUCCUCGAGUGACUUUACACCGGCAAGAGUCGGUCGACGAGGAUAGCAUGUUUCGUGGGUCUAUUCUUGAAUGCAUCUUCAAGGCAAUUGGUCUUACCAACACCAAAAAUGCUUCAAGGAUGUCGGAUUCUGUUGAAGCUUCCCCUAGGCUCGUUUCUUACGAUCAGAGAAGGCAGAAGGCGGUUUUUAGCAACAACGCUUUUGGUAUCAUCGACCCUUACGAAGCCUCCGCAGACGGUGAUGCGGAAUCCAUAACAUCCGGCGGGAUCAGUGCGGGCGGCUUUCCCAGUACCCGAGGCUUAGCACAAGAGUUGCAAGAGGAAGUUGAGAUUGUAUUCUUCCCUCAAGGAUCCGUUCUCGUUGAACAAGGCGAGCGCAAUCCGGGGCUGUACUACGUGAUUGACGGCUUUCUGGAUGUCAGUGUUCCUGUCGACGACAAAUCAGAUGCAACGGUUCUUGGCCAAUCCCAUCGUCAAAGCCUCGCCAAAUUUGGGGGAGAAGAGACAUUGGCCCCUUUGUCCCGUACAAAGACCGGAUCAUCUCAAGCCUCUGCCUCAGUUUCUGGAGUUGGUACUGAUGGGAAGAAACGCAAGUUGGCCGGGCGAAAGUCAUUGGCUUUGAUCAAGCCCGGUGGUAUUGCUGGCUACAUUGGCACGAUAUCGGCUUACCGGUCAUUCAUUGAUGUCAUCGCAAAGACGGAUGUCUACGUGGGAUUCCUACCACGACAAGCGCUAGAGAGAGUUGUAGAAAAGUACCCAGUUGUGCUACUCACGAUGGCAAAGCGCUUAACUAGUCUUUUGCCGCGACUCAUUCUUCACAUCGACUUCGCACUAGAAUGGGUUCAGGUCAGUGCUGGCCAAGUCAUAUAUCAUCAGGGAGAUGAUAGUGAUGCUAUCUACAUUGUCCUGAACGGUCGCUUGCGCCUAGUGCUCAACAAUGACAAGGCUGAAAUGAAGGUCGUGGGUGAGUAUGGGCAAGGUGAAAGUGUGGGUGAGCUUGAAGUCAUGACGGAGUCUACCCGACCAGCUACACUUCACGCAAUCCGUGACACCGAGCUUGCCAAGUUCCCGAAGACUCUGUUUAACAGUCUUGCCCAGGAACAUCCUGGAAUUACGAUCAAGAUCUCAAAAAUCAUUGCGUCUCGCAUGAGGGCUUUGAUCGAGGAUCCGGUUUUCGACCAAGGAAAGGACAAAGCCACUGGCGCUACAAAUAAUAAAGUUUCCUCAACAGUUAACCUUCGAACCGUAGCUAUUCUGCCUGUUACAGCUGGCGUACCUGUGGUUGAGUUCGGAACCCGGCUGAUGAAUGCUUUAACCCAAAUUGGGGCUGCCAACGGGGUCACCUCGCUCAAUCAAGCAGCUAUUUUGAAUCACCUUGGACGACAUGCAUUCAGCCGCAUGGGCAAGCUCAAGCUAGCUCAGUAUCUUGCAGACCUCGAGGAGAAAUAUGGUCUAGUGCUCUACGUUGCUGACACUAACGUCAAUUCUCCUUGGACUCAGACUUGCAUUAGCCAGGCUGACUGCAUUCUACUAGUCGGAUUGGCCGAAGGUUCUCCUGCGAUUGGAGAAUAUGAGCGUUUCUUACUCGGCAUGAAAACGACCGCGAGGAAGGAGCUGGUCCUCUUACAUGCCGACCGAUUCUCUGUGCCCGGCACAACACGUGCAUGGUUACGGAAUCGAGUUUGGAUCAAUGGAGGACAUCACCACGUACAGAUGGAAUUCAGUUCAAGCUCUGUACCUACUCAUCCUCAAACCUGGAAAUUUGGUUCUACAUUGAAGCAACGCGUUCAAGUCCUACAGGCGGAGAUCCAAAAGUACACAUCUCGCAGGGUUAGACAAACCCCAUUGUAUUCCGCAGAUACGCCUUUCAAAGGCGACUUCCAUAGGAUCGCGAGACGACUUUGUGGAAAGUCAAUUGGACUAGUACUCGGUGGUGGUGGCGCUCGAGGCAUAGCACAGGUUGGCAUCAUCAGAGCUUUGGAGGAGGCCGGCAUCCCCAUCGACAUUAUCGGUGGUACAUCUAUAGGCUCCUUCAUCGGUGCACUAUAUGCCCGCGAUGCAGAUGUUGUGCCCAUGUACGGUCGAGCAAAGAAGUUUGCGGGACGAAUGGCAAGUAUGUGGCGUUUCGCCCUCGAUUUGACUUACCCGUCUGCAUCAUACACCACCGGUCAUGAGUUUAAUCGUGGUAUCUUCAAGACGUUUGGUAAGAGUCAAAUUGAAGAUUUCUGGCUCGAGUUUUAUUGUAACACCACGAACAUCAGCAAGAGUCGAUCGGAGAUUCAUACAAGUGGAUAUGCGUGGCGAUAUGUGAGAGCAUCAAUGUCCUUGGCGGGGUUGAUUCCACCUCUUUGCGAUGAGGGAAGUAUGCUUCUCGAUGGAGGCUAUGUUGAUAAUUUGACAGUAUCGCAUAUGAAGUCUCUCGGGGCAGAUGUGAUAUUUGCAGUUGAUGUAGGAAGUCUUGACGACGAUACACCUCAAACAUUCGGAGACUCAUUAUCAGGAUUCUGGGCAUUCACAAACCGCUGGAACCCAUUCUCUUCAUACCCAAACCCGCCCACUCUAGCCGAGAUCCAAGCACGACUGGCUUAUGUCUCUAGUGUGGAUGCAUUGGAAAGAGCGAAAAAUACACCAGGCUGCCUCUACAUGAGACCGCCUGUUGAUAAGUAUGGAACGCUUGAUUUCGGCAAGUUUGAUGAGAUUUAUCAGGUUGGGUAUAAAUAUGGCCAGGAGUUCCUUGCGGAAACCAGGGAAAAGGGUGUUCUCCCGUUGGUGGAUGAGACGGAGGAAAAGAAAGCUUUGCGCAGAACCAUGGCUCCAAGGAGAGCAAGUAUAUAG